UGAGAUCCGAGAACUGAGUUUAAGGGAUAUCUUUACAUUUUUUUUUUUUGAGUAUGAUUGACACACAAUUAUUUUAAUGGAUAUCUUAUUUAUUAUCACAAAUCUAUGAGACUUAGACCUUUGCACUCUAUUUUGAGAGCCCAGUAACAGCCCCACACACAAUUUCACCUAGAAUUCAAAGCAACAGUUGCCCUCCCUCCUGGAAGACUUACAGGAGUGAUGGAUGUAGCUCUGAAAAGUACCCUGCUAGAACAAAGACAUCCAGUAUCUCCAGAAAGUUAUAAUAGCCAGUCUCCUGCAGCAUAUUUUUAGGUCAGUUAGCAAAUAUACAAUGUAUUGCAAGGUGUUCAUGGAAGUAGAGCGACUGCAGACCACUUCCCUGCAAUCUACUACCUUACUGACCUUUUCUUCCCCCUUUUCUUUACAGUCCCUAUUGAGAUACAAGGAAAGCAGAGCCUGGGAACACUGCUUUGGGGAUUCCUCAUACAGAUUAGGCUUUUCUGAAAAGCCUGAGUAUCUUGUUAUAUUCAGAUAGAAGAUCAUCCACCAUCAUGGCUAGCAUCAUUGCAUGUGUGGGUAACAGCCAGAGGCAAAACACACCCUUGCCACCUUGGGCCCAUUCAAAUUUGAGGUCUCUGGGGAGGAGUCUUGGUCCUUUAAGUGUCAACAUGGCAGAAAGAAAUGUGAAAUUGUUCUCAGGGAGAGUGGUGCCAGCCCAAGGGGAAUAAACCUUUGAAAACUGACUGAUCCAAGUCAAUGGGGUCCUGCCCGAUUGGAGUAUGUCUGAGGAGGAAAAGCUCAAGUGCUUGAUGAAAACCUUUAGGGGCCCUGCCAGGGAGGUCAUGUGUUUGCUCCAGGCUGCCAACCCCAAUCUAAGAGUGGCUGCUUUCUUGCAGGCAAUGAAAUUGGUGUUUGGGGAGUCUGAAAGCAGUGUCACUGUCCAUGGUAAAUUUUUUAACACUCUGUAGGCACAAGGGAGAAACUCCCUUUAUGUGAUUCUUUUAGAAGUGCAGCUUCAGAAUGCUAUUCACGCAGGGAUCAUAGCUCAGAAAGAUGCAAACCAGACUCGCCUGCACCAGCUCCUUUUAGGAGCUGAGCUGAAAAUGGACCUGCAUUUUAAGCUGAAACAUCUUCUUAGGAUGUAUGCAAAUAAUCAAGAGCAUCUUCCUAAUUUUUUGGAGUUAAUCAAGAUGAUAAGGGAGGAAGGGUAUUGGAAUGACACUUUUAUGAAACCGAAGAGACUCAAAAGGUCUGGGCUAAUCUUGGAGAGGGCAGCAAGCCACAUGACAUUUCAGGGCCCUCAGCCAAUAGCAAUCAGCAAUGAUGACUGCAAUGUGAUAGAGGUAGAUGAUACUCUUGAUGACUCAAAUGAGGAUGUGAUCCUAGUUGAGUCUCAGGACCCUCCACUUACAUCCAUGGAUGUCCCUCCUCUCAGAGUCAGGGCCAGAUGUCUGGAUCAAAUAGUGGUUAUUGAUUCCUCCAGCAGUUCUGUGGCUCAAUCUCCUUCUACCAGUGGGGGUUCUGGGUAUAAGAAUGAUGGUCCUGGGGAUAUGCAUAGAGCCGGGAAGUGAAAAUACACAUUCUUCUGUUCAUAUUGUGGUGAGGAGGGCCACUCAAAGGAAACCUGUGACAGUGAGAGCAACAAAGCUGAGUUGUUUGAGAAUGUGAUCAUCAUUCUGCAGGAGCUGACACAUACAGAAAAGGAGAGGUCAAAAGAAGUCCCUAGCAGACACAAUGACCUCUCUGGGCUUCUCGUAAGGUGCUAGACCCAGCCCUAAGUGAAUCCUUUACUGUAUUCAGAUGGGAAAAUGAGAGUGGGUAGACUUCUAUCUGCAUUAAUUAAUCCAUUAAUUGGCUUUAUUUUGGACUGGAGAGGUCUUGGAUACCACCAAAGUGGAGAGGAUGGCCUGCCCUCUGUCCCUGCUAAGGGUCUGUUCUCUGCCUGUGUCCAUUUCCUUGGUGACUUUAUUCUUCUUAUGAAAGAAGUGUUACUCUGUUAAACCUUCACAAAAUGAAGGAAUAUACAAAAAAUACAAAUUACCUGAAACUCUCCAUCCUUAUAUAAACAUUGUCAGCCCUUUGAUAAAUGUCCUUCUAGAUAUUUCCCUAUAACUGUGUACCCAGACCCAGAUAUGUAUAGAUAAAAGUGAUCAAAUGUAAGUGCUGUUCUAUACUGUGUAUUUUUCAGCAA